AUGUGUGAGGAUCCCUGUCAUCAGUUUGCAUAUGGGAUCACAAUCAAGGACACACAAUUAAGACUGUGGCUCAGCAAUCGUACGUUCCUCGCAGUUACAGAACCUAUCAACUUCUUCAAGAACAUUGAUGGUAUUAUCUCUCUCUUUUAUGCUCUUGGAUCUACAUCUGCAUCUUCUACUAUGAAGGAGCUCAGAUGGGAUCCCACUGUUGAGCAGAUCUGUGAUGGGAAGACAAUCCAAUAUAAAUUCACUGUGGGUGACGAAGUGUUCACUAUGAUAUGCGAGCUUGCAACCUAUGGCACAGACUCUAUGGUCAGGCAUAGAAUUUGCGUGUAUGAAGCCACAGACGCCAAGGGAAAGAAGAUUGCCAUUAAAGAUUCAUGGAGAGAAGUUGAACAUCAAUCAGAAGGAGAUAUCUUAGAAAACAUUUUGGCUUCCUGUGCGGAGAAGCUGCAAGCGGAGGAGUUGGCGGAUGCCAAGAGGCACUUCAUUGGCAUUCAACUCUGGAAGGAUGUCAUAAUUGACGAUACCUCAGAUAAGACACUGGAUCCAAUGUUUGGAGAAGAGCAUAAUUGUACCUAG